AUGUCGCGUGGGCGAACGCAGUACGCCGCUCCUCCAAGUAUGUACAGAAAGAAUAUUGUACCUCCUAAAGAUUAUUUGCGCAUUUUAGAAGAAGUCUCGGUUGAUGAAGACUCCGACAAUUUGGAUAACGCAUCUGAUAUCGAUGAAUCGGUGCAAAAAAUUUCAAAACUCAAUUUGGAGGAAGCAUGGGCAAAAGAUGGUACUGGAAUUGAAAUUUUGCAAGGUGUCAUGGGUCUGAAGCGAUUCAGAAACCUGUGUGCUGCUAUUAGAUUCGACGAUAAAGGCACAACGUAUGUGCGAAGAAAAACUGAUAAGCUUGCUGCACUAAGAGAAUUUUUUGAAUCUUUCAAUCAGAACUGUCAAAACGUUUAUACACCAGGUGACGAACUCACAAUCGACGAGAAAUUGGAAUCAUUUCGCGGAAAAUGCUCUUUUAUUCAAUUCAUCCCCAACAAGCCCGCAAAGUACGGUCUGAAAAUUUUAGCAGUUGUUGACUCACAAAAGUUUUAUACAUUGAAGCUUGAAAUUUAUUGUGGCAAUCAACCCCCAGGACCUUACGAGGCUUCUUAUUCAAGUAUUCACAUUGUCAAAAGGCUAAUUCGUGCGUACGAGGGUUCCAACCGUAACCUGAAGACCUAUAAUUGGUAUACAAGCUGCCGCUAG